AUGUCGCUGCUUGCUGACUCAAAUGUCGGCGAGCAUGUUGCGAGGUACCCCCAGCUAGUCUCCUUCAUUGGCGACACGAAUGCUGGAAAGAGCACAAUCAUCAAAAUCCUGAUUCGUCGCCAGCAGCUGCAUAACAGUAAAACUACAGAAGGCGAGUUUCCAUCGCCUAUAUCUGGCUCAGAUGCACAUGAGAAGACUCCUACAACCGGUGAUGUUCACCUAUAUGCCGAUCCCGGCACAGCACGUACUCAAUUCCCCCUCUUGUUCGCUGACUGCGAGGGCCUCGAAGGCGGCACUGGCGAGCCUUCAGCAAUACAAUUCCGCAGAAACGCAGCUGCAAGGGCUGAGUCUGCUGCUAGACUCGUGAGGAGACCUCGGGCGAUAUGGAUGCGUCACCCUCGACCUAUUGAAUGGGCCACGAGUGAGGACAAACGGAGUCGAGAUUUCGUUGUCAAGGAACUGUAUCCGCGGUUGCUGUACACCUUCUCUGAUGUCACAGUCUUCGUUCUGAAAAACCCGAAGACUUUCCAAUCGGUCCUGAAGAAGCUGAUCCGCUGGGGUGUGGCUUCUCUCGAGAAGUCGCUCAAUGUUCCACGUUUGCCGCAUGCGAUCGUGGUGCUAAACAUGAGCAAUGUCGAAGUAGAUGAGUGGAACCCUGAAAUUGCUACUGAAGCAUUCCUCAACUCCAUUGGCGCUCGAAGCGGGCUAGGAGAUGACCACGAGUUCAAGACGUUGGCCGCCAACUGGAAGCGAGGGACUGACGAUGAGAUCACUAACACGUAUGCCCUCUUGCACAAGUACUACUCAUCGUUCACGGUCGUAAGAGUUCCAUCUGGAGCAGGGCGUUUCACUUUGCUAGAGCAGCAAGCGGGAGUUCUUCAACGAGUCAUCGAGGAUAAAUGUGCGGAGUCCUUCAUCGUCAAGAAUCGAUAUCACAUGCCUGUCACGUCCGAUGGAGUGACUCGAUAUCUGCAAGCUGGCUUCGAUCAUUUUGCGAAGACGCUUGACAUACCGUUCGACUUCAUCAAGGCGGAGCUGAAGAACAAUCCUUUGCCAGAGGAUUUCGCGGACCAUAUCUGGGCGUUGCUGUUAAUGAUUCUCCAACUGCCAGCACUCCAACCCGAGCAGAUUAUGGACACCCUCGGGAAGUAUGUGGCAUCAUGUAUACAGCUUGAUGCCAUGCAACGUGAUGAGGGGCCGGUCGCUGAUCUCUUUCGUGGAUAUGUUCCUUCACUAGAGGCAGUUUUGACAGAGUUCCGGGACAAACACUGGCCGUGUUCAUUCAAAGAUGCAAAAGGACAAGCGUGUAAGAACAGUUGCAGUGGUCACAUCGCCAAAGGCCAUCAGAAUGAAGCUGGAAAGCCUAUCGGUCUUGGAACCCAUGAGACAAAUGUCGACUUCUAUUAUUACAAGCAGAAAUGGCUGGCGGCCAUCGAAAACCGCGUCAUGACCAUAGACAAGGCCGUCCAGAUCCCUGACGAGACGUCAAGGCACGGGCUGAGGGCAAAGUUUCGCUCUCACAUACUCCGAGAUUUCAUGACGAAGUCUUUCGAUAACUUCCGUAUCAUGGGGGCCCGAGAACGCUUCGUAAGCCACACGACUUGCAUUGCCUGUUUGCAAACGAUACCGGAGCACGUCCUACCCUGUGGCCAUGUCGUCUGUACAGACUGUGUCAACAUCCACGGCAAAUCCCUCAGCGACUGCGUAACGUUGAUCGAGCAGUGCCCUCUGCACGACACAGACAGAUUUGUCGAACCGUGGCGCAUCAGUACCAAGCCUCGCCACGCUGGAGUAAGAGUGCUUAGUCUAGACGGUGGCGGUGUGAGAGGUAUCAUUGAGCUCGAAGUGCUCAAAGCAAUUCAAGACGAGCUGGGAGGCUCCCUGUCAAUACAGGCAUUCUUAGACCUCAUCGUAGGCACUAGCACAGGUGGGAUCAUCGCACUCGCGCUUGGCACCAAACAAUGGUCGUUGGCCCGGUGCACCGAUGACUUCCUGAGCCUGUGCAAUGACGCUUUCACGAAGCGGGACCCAGAGUCUAUCCCCAAAUGGAUGACCUUGUUCGCCAGACAGAGCAUUUAUAAGACGAAGCCACUUUAUGGAGCACUACGAAAGAGCCUUGGUGAUGAUUUGAUGUUUGGCGGCACGCAUGAGCAGCAAGCCCAGUUCCCCUUGAAGGUAGCGGUCACCACACAUUCAGAUAUAGGCAAAGGGCCCGCCAUCAUCACCAACUACAGCCGCCCGGACAACAGCAACGAUGAAUACGACUUGAUUCGUUCCUCGCACCCAGAACAAGAGAUGAAAGUAUGGGAGGCUGCAGCUGCAACCUCCGCAGCACCUAAGUACUUCAAAACCUUCAUUCAUGAGGCCACUGAUCGAUCGUUCGUGGACGGUGCGCUUUACUGGAACAAUCCAGCGGUUUUGGCAGAGUCCGAGCGACAGCUGUUGUGGCCGGACAAAGCAGCAGUGGAACCUGACAUUCUGCUCUCUAUUGGAACUGGACAGCACACCGCGCAUAUCAAUGAGCAAAUUGCAGCCCAGGACAGUGGAAACACGCCGUGA